ACCGGGGGCCGGUGUGGUGGUAAACACGGAAGUAAACUCUCCACAGAGGAAAGAAAACGGUCAGUCCUCGCUGUGUUUCCGUUAACGGUCGUUUUAACGGCUCACGGGAGGACAACAUGGACAGGUCGGUGAUGUUAGCGGUAACUGUGAGUCUGCUUGUAGCUGCUGCUGUGACCCAGGUGAGCUGCACGAGAGCCACUAACGUGAAGGUUUUGGGUUUUGACUGGAAGAACUGCGGCGGGCCUGAUGAUCCAGCCGUACUGAAAACCCUGACUGUGUCUCCAGACCCAAUCUCCAUCCCAGGCGACCUCACGGCCUCCGCCUCCGGAUCCACAUCUGUGGAGCUCAGCGCUCCCCUGGCUGUGAACGUGACCCUGGAGAAGGAGGUGGCGGGUUUCUGGGUGAGGGUGCCCUGUGUGGAGGAGCUGGGCAGUUGUCACUAUGAGGACGCCUGUGAUAUUCUGAACCAGCUGAUCCCACCUGGUCAGGACUGUCCUGAGCCGCUGCGCACCUACGGCCUGCCCUGCCGCUGCCCCUUCAAAGCUGGCUCAUACUCUCUCCCUCAGUCACAGUUCUACCUGCCCUACAUGGAUCUGCCCUACUGGCUGACUAACGGGAACUACCGGGUCCAGGGAGUCCUGGGCAGCCAGGGCAAAGAGCUGGGCUGCCUCAAACUGGCUCUGUCCCUCCACUCCAACUGAACGACGCCACAAACGCUCGAGAGGUUUGAGGGCUUUUGUUUAUUUGCACGUACAGAUGAUUGAAAACCGGGAUUCGAAAGCAGAAGUUGCACAAAGUGGUGGGACUGAUGAACCUCAGAGGGUCCAUGAAAAGUUUUUAUUCGAGAAAGACAAGAUGACAGACGUGUUGAACAUUAACUUACAGGUGAAACUAAAGACCACACAGCACAUUUCAUUUCAUUAACGAUCAAAACAAACGUGGUGCAGCACAUGAACUUCUGUCUUUGCACACACACAAACACUUUUCCUUUUCCAUAAGAGAUCCAUCUGAGCCAUCCAACAUGUCUUUAUUUCCCUGCUGCAGCUGAAGCUGAAGAAGCUCCUCAAAUCAAACGAGUCAAAGACUUUGAAUUUCUCACUUUAAACCUUUGUCCAUUUAAUAUAAUGGGAAAAAAACAAAUGUAGCAUCAGGUCUGUCUUUUUUGAUGUAUUUCUCUUUCAUUUUUAUAAUAAGAAUAAUAAUAUUCCUAUUAUUAUUAUACAUUCUUAUACAUAUCAUACAUUCUUUAGUGCUUUUUCUUUGAGGAUCUGUCAGCUGUUUUCAGAAAAGUGCUUUUGGUUCUUUGCUUCAGUCAUUUCGAACAUUGAUUCUCUUUUUUAUUUUUUUAAAUGGGGAGGGGGGUUUGACUGUUGAGUAGAAGUUCCUCUGGGAAUUAUGAUUCUUUAUCUAUAAUAAUGUUUUUUUACUGAGUGCCUGAUGAGAUCUUUAGGAGAAAUUACCACAAACAAUCUACAAGUUGCCAUGAAGCGAAAAUCAUUAAACUCAGAUAGAUGGAGAACUGAUGUGGGAGUUCAGUUUGAUGUUGGUUCAGUUAAUUAUGAUUUUAAUUUGCCUAAAAGGUUUAAUUUGUUUUCUACCGAGCUGAUGACAAAUGAUGAUGAAGUCAUGCUUGUGAUUCAUUUCACACUGUGUACAGUUUUUAAUAAACUUUUUCCCAUAAAUUGUA